CUGCUGGCAUCUUCAAACGAAACUGAAAUUACAUUUUGGCUGAUGUGUGUAUCUGAUUAACACCCGAGCAGGGAGCGUUUAUAAUCGGACUACAAUUUGUUCAGCAGUCAGAGAAACUCGGACCUGAGUAACGCACCAUGUCGAAAAAAUUAGGAGGUGUGAGAGAAAGAGAAAAACCUGCAAAACAAACAAAAACGAAGAAAACAUUGUACCCAGACAAGAACUACUCUAAAGAGUUUGCUGGGAUUGAGAAUAAGGGAGCCACCUGUUACCUGAAUGCACUGCUUCAAACUCUCUACAUGUCUAAUGAAGUGAAGGAUGCUGUCAUCAGAUUAAAAAACAGAACUGAGCCAAAUAAAAAGGACAAACAGAAGAAGAAGAAGAGCAUUGCUUACCAACUUGCAGUAUUAUUUGAAGAACUAGAUGCUAAAAAAACAGGAAAUACAGAUGAGAUUACAGAAGUCUUGGGCAUAGAUGUUACCAAACAACAAGAUGUAGUAGAACAUUUCCGACAGAUACUGAACAAGCUUGCUGAAGAAAGUGACGCGGAGGCUUGUACUAUUUUACAGAUCUACGAAAGUAAAUUGAUUAAUUCCCUGAGAUGUUUGGAGUGCAACACUGAGAUCCCGGAAAAAUACCCUCUUCUGGUUAUUCCUUUGCCUGUUCACUUAAACGAUUGUGGCAACAGCAUCCAAAGUGUGGAUGCAGCCCUUCAAGACUUUUUCAAAACUGUCAUUUUGGAUGGAGACAAUUUGGGCUAUUGUGAUAAAUGUGAAAAGAAAACCAAGGCAACGAUGAAAUACCACUGUAAAAGGUUGCCACAGAUAUUGGUUCUUCAGCUGAAAAGGUUUGAGUUUGAUUACUCCAUGCGAUCUUUCAAAAAGUUGCACAACAAAGUGGAGAUUCCACAGCAGUUAAAAUUUUGGAAGACUGAAAAAGAUGGGAAAACAGAAUGGAUUCCAUAUUCCACGAAAUCCGAAGAAUCAGCAGAGGAGCAAUCUUCUCCAUUUGGACCUGAAUUUUCCAAAAGACCUAGAAGAAACAAAGUUGAAGAAAAACUGAAGUCGCAGCUGGAUGGGAGCCAGAGGAUUUUCACAACGUACAAACUGUUUGCAAUCUGUGAUCAUGACGGAGAAUUUGGCUUUGGCCAUUAUGUUGCUCACAUUAGACCAGAUACUUCCAAUACAUGGUACAGUUUUGAUAAUACUCAUGUCUCUGAGAUGGAAAAGUUCUUUCCUGAUGUAUGCCAAGACAAUACAGUCAGCAUGCCUUGUAGAAGAUCAUCAACAGCAUAUUUGCUAAUGUACAGAAAGGAGAACAUGAACAGCAAUCAAGACCACAUCACUAAUGCAGAUGAGGGAGCUGAAAGAAUGAAGGCACAAAGAAUAUGUGACGGAAAAAACAACUAUCCAACGCAAACAAAAGGCAGAAGGAAAAUGCCAGACUGUGAAAAAACAGAAGAAAAUCAAGUGGAAGAGUUGCCUCCAGACCAACGUAAAAAGAGCAAGAAUGGAUUCAAACGAAUGUUCAGUUGUAUCUCUGGGAAUAAAGAUUAUUAAAGGGAAAUUAGGAUGAAAAAUUAAUGAAUUGAGCAAUAUAAAAAUGCAUCAUCCAGUUUCUUCAAAAUAAAUUUGUAUUCAUAUGGAAAUUCACAAGCAAAUUGUUUGAGUGAUUUACUUAAGCCAGAUCUGCACAAGCUUUUUCCUGGUUCAUUCAUAAUUCAUUGAUUCUUGUCCUUAUCUCUCACUUACAAGUGCCUGAUUUGGCAGAAUAUGUAACAUUUUUAGCCCUUUUUAAAGUGCAGGUUUAAUUUAUUCUUGACCAAGCUUCUGGUCAUUUGCCCACACAUAUCCUAUUGCUCAAUGUUAAUAUUUUAUCUUGAUAAUAUUUUGUGAAAUGCUGUACGUUCCUGCUCUAUGAGAGGUGUGAUAUAAACUGGAAUUGUGGUGGUAGUGUGUUUGUUAGUUUCAAGGACUUCAUUAUUUUAUUCUUUUUGAAAAUACAAAGAAUUCCAGUGACUUGACAAUGAACAGUUGACACUUAUAGUCAGCCUGGGCUGAGGGUAAGUCGAGAAAAGGGAAAAACAGAGGGAUAUUUGAAAGGAGCAACUUUAUUCACCAUAAACGUUUACUCUAAGAAUUUGCUGUGUUCUGUUGGUGUGACAUGUAACAAAAACAACAUUUAAUGAUUAUAAAGAAUAAUGAAUUGUAUAUAUAUCACCCUUGUUAGGAUUUGUACUCCUAUGAUGUAGGUAUUUAAUUUUAGCAGUUCUGCAAGAACAGUCUUGUUCUGUUCUCAGCCUAUUUGGGUUUCAGCUAAAGGGCUUUGUUAUUCAACUUAGGAAUCUUGUGUCAGCCAAUCAGGAUGGUGGAAUGGGGCGAAGGUUCUAGAGAACGCUGGGUGGAGAGGUCCUUAUGAUGGACUGUGAUGUGGGUUGAGGUUUUUUUGGCAGGAGCUGGGAGAAGACAGGAGAGUGGAUGGCUGAGGAUGCUGUCGCUAUUGCACAAGGUGCUUUGUGCAGAUGAAGGGCUUCAAGGAGGAAGGAUGAAUGCUCUUGAGUGGGAGCCCAUACAUUCGGAAUGGAUUUCCAGUGACACUUGGAAGGUGAUGCAUGCUUUCAUGCAGACCGAGGGUCCAGCGUAUGAGUUAAAGACAAUUUCAUGAUGAGCUCCAACUUAUAGGCACCUUUCACUGUUUAAUUAAGAUGGUUCCUUAUGUUUUUUUUCUUUUUAAUAACUGGUUAACAUUUAUAAAUAUGCUUUAUAAUUGUAUGCAGUGUACGGUGUAUUAUUUUUUGCUGCCAGGCGAUUGCACGGGACCAGUAUACA